CCGCUGUGGAGGAAACUCCGCUAUAACCUGGCUUGUCACAUUUGUGGCAGCUCUUGGACCUCCAGCUUCCCUGUUCUUACAACCGAUCGUGUGUCUCUCGUUGGCAGAUCGUGGACGCGUGUAAUGCAUCCCAAUUCAACCUCAACUUCAAGUCGUUGAAACAGUGUCCUAGAGCCAGUUCACCAUUGCGGAUUUCAUGGGCUUCCUCGAUUCUUUGUUAAACCAGCGUCCGUGACGCUAGGCGAUAGCGACGCGCAUUUACCUCUCCUGAGCUCGCAGCCACACGAUGCGCACGCUCCCGUGACGAGCACAACCCUCGACUCCAACGACGCCUCGUCACGCUACACUUCUCGCAAGCACAGAGGAGUCAUAGAAGCGGGCUCGAUGGACGAAAAGAAUGCGCUGGGCAGCUCUGACUCUGCGGCCCCCGUAGAUCAGGAACAGCGCAAGACGACCGAUAUCCUCGAUGCGUGCAAAUGGCGGAACAUAGAAGCCCUCAGAGGCCUGGCUAGUACCAAAGGCGGAUUUCUUACCGAUACCCUACGCCGGAAAGCCUGGCCUAUACUCCUGGGCCUCCCAGAUAGUGAGGAUUUCCAGGGUACAAUCGCAGCUGGUAUAGACGAGAAGGUCUCAUGGAAAGCCCUUCCAAGUCAUAGGGACGAAGAACAAGUUGCGCUCGACGUUAAUCGCGCCUUCAUAUACUACCCAAAUCAUCAGAACGACACCGAGCUCGAGAAGAACAAAAGCGAGCUUUCCGAUCUGAUCGUCGAAGUCCUCCGUCGAUACCCAUACCUAUGCUACUUCCAAGGCUAUCAUGACAUCUGCCAAGUCUUCAUGCUGGUCCUCGAACCACCAUGGCGCGCCCGCCUCGUAUCGCGACUGUCGGUGCUCCGCAUACGAGAUUUCAUGCUCACCAGCCUCGAGCCGACCGUCGCGCAGCUCAGGCUGAUCCCCGACAUCCUCAACGCCGCUGAUCCGAAGCUCAAGCGCCACCUCUCCGGCACGGAACCCUUCUACGCCCUGGCGGGGACCCUGACCAUGUACGCGCACGACAUCCAGGCCUACGGCGACAUCGCCCGCCUCUUUGAUACUCUCCUUACCCGCGAGCCCGUGUUCAGCAUCUACAUGUACGUCCAGAUCGUCCUGAACCGCCGCGACGAGCUCUUCGACCAGGAGGAGGACGAUCCGUCCAUGCUCCACCUCAUCCUCUCCAAGGUCCCGCAAAAGAUGGACCUCGAUGCGUUAAUCACGAGCACGAUUGCGCUUUACGAGCGAUUCCCACCCGAAUCGUUACCGCAGUGGCGCAAAAUAUCCAAAGCCAGCUCCUUACGGACGGCGCGGUCCGUGGAAGAAUGCUCAAAGCAGACCAUGGACGAAGGACACGCGUAUUUCCAGAAGCAGCUGGCGGAGCUCAAGGCCCUCGAGCGCCGGCAAAGGCUCAUGAAGGUGAUGUGGGCGUACAGAAAGGGUGCCGCUGCCGCCGGACUGGCCGUUGUCAUCGGUCUAGUGGCCGUUUACCUGGGCAGAAAAAACCCCAGUCCGAUAGCUGCAAUGGCAGCUCUGUACAAUAAGUGGUCCAACGGAACGACCUGGACGCAUAACUUCUAGUCGAUAGUAGAAGACGACCUGAGGAGCCCUCGCAAGACUUGUUUCAUUAUGUACGUUUAGAUUCCCCCAGG